AUCCUCCGGAGACUUCUGGACGUCACAGACCCUUCGUGUGGCCAAACCGACGGCAUGGUGAGUCCGCUGUACGUGGCGGUAAACAGAGGUCAGACUGAGAGUGUGGCGAUGCUCCUGAAGGCGGGCUACAGCCCUGACGCUCAGGACUGCACAUGCUCCCUGGGUCUGCACUCACCUCUCACCUUGGCCCUAUCACGCGCGUCAAGUGAAGCACUCAGGGAGUGUGUGGACCUGCUGGUGGCUGCUGGAGCUUCUCUAGAGGAGCAGGACUGGACCCAGGUCUUUGUCUCCGACAGCUCACAGCUGCUGCAGCUCGUCCUCCAGCAUCGGCGCUUCCCACAGCAUGAGUCUCCAUCCACUACGAUACAACAAGAUGGAAGGACAACGCUGAAGAUGCAGGAGCAGAGCAGCAUGCUGAGUGCCGCUCUAAGCUGCACUGGGUCGGCCUCCCUCUGGCUUCCAGUACUCCUGAGUUCAGGGCUGGAGCCGUCUGUCCUGCUUCAGCCUUGCCUGUUUGAGGAGGCGGACAGCGAGGCGUUGAACCAUCUGCUGGAGUUUAUGAACUGGACCACCUUGCCUCCUCCUCUCAGGCUCAUCCUGGACCAAAGGCGGGCAGCAAGCAGCUGGGAGCCACGCCCACAUUUCGAUUCCCUCCCCCUCCUCUCUCACAUCUGCCGGCUGCGGAUCAGAGAAAUUCUGGGACCAGAUCUUCUGAUGAGGUCCAGCACCGUCCAGCAGCUUCCCGUGCCCUCCCUGCUUCAUGACUUUCUGCAGUUCAGAGACAUCCCAGAAACUCUUCCAUCGUGACGUUAGAGCAGGACCAGAGACCCUGAAGGAUUUAUGUUCCUCCUCCUGUGUUCACACACAGAGCGACUGUGCAGAAGCUGCAGAACUCGUGUGUCUCUCAACAUGAAGGAAGUUACGCUGUUUUAUUUCUGUCCUAAAGUUCAGUGAAUGGAGAAACUUCCACACUUAAAAAUAAACAAAAUCACUCUUAAAAAUGUAAAAAAAUCAAAUUUAUUCUGAAACGACUUAAAGGUAGUUGAGUGUUAUUUAUUUAAAGGUUUUUUUUAUUCUUAAUAGUUUUUUUAUACAAAAAUAUUUACUUUGAGUUUUGUUUUGUUUUUUUUCUCAGUUGAAAUAAAACGCCUCAUCCAA